CAACCAACUCGGGGGACAUGGUGACGCUACCGUAACUGUUUGUGGAUGGCUCCAAAGGAGGAAGCGCAAACGCUCUAUUUCCGCUGCAGCAGCGAGAACGGGCACAUCAAAAAAGAAAGAAAAAUGUGGACAGUAGGGGCAAACUGAGCAGAGAGAAGGAACACAGAACUACAUAUAUCGUUUUCAUUUAAUUCGGUUGCCAGGCAGUUGUUAUUAUUUGAAGUUUGCGGACGAAUAUUUAACAGUUUAAGGGUCGUUUCGAGGUUAACUCGCCCCCCCUUAUUCGGUGGUGGUCCGUUUGAGGAAGCAGCUCGGCUAGCCAGCUGAAUUAGCUAGCUCGCUAGAGAUGGGGACGAGAGCAAGUCGCCUACAGGAAGACCCGGUUCCCUCUGCUUUCGGAAAAGAUGGCACAAAGCGGGAUUCAUAUCGGCGACCUCGCUGUACCAGGCCCACCAGUCUCAUGGUCGACUUCUCAGGGAGCUUCGAGGACACGGAGGCCAACCGGAGCCGAUCGGAGGAGGGCAGUGACUCGGACUUGGGGCAACAUGGGGCGAGCGCCGAUGGUAGCCCCGCUGACCACCACAGCAUCCCCUCUACCAUUAGCCAGGCGUCACCUGCGGAUGACAACAACAGCGAGGGGAAGCCUGAGGAAGAUGGGAGUAUUAGCCCGGAGCCUCCUGUCGUAGCGGAACAUCAGUCCGGGGAGGAGACAGGCCGCACGCCCCACCGCACUUUUUCCGAGCGGCUGCCCGGGAAUCGGCACUCUUCCGCCCGCAGCGUGGGCGCAAGAUCCGCCCGGGUCCGAGGCACGCACCAGCGGCCAGUGUCAGAGGCGUGGAUCGGCCUAUACCGUGUUAACAACCGUCAUGGCAAUAUCCGCUGUCCUUUCUGCUCAAAGCCCUUCCCGGGGGGUCGGAUCGAGGAUCACCUGUUGAGCUGCCUCACGUCUCCUCCCCUACCAUACAAUACGGAUGUGCUCAGUAAAGACAGCGGAGAGUGCUCCAUCUGUUUGGAGGAUCUGUUACAGGGAGAGACCAUCGCCAGACUGGCUUGCCUCUGCGUCUACCAUAAGAGCUGCAUUGAUUCCUGGUCCAAGGUGAAACCCUGCUGCCCUGAACAUCCCUUUGAUUGACUUGUGGGUCACAUGUAUUCUGCACAGUGACCAACCCGACUCAGGAGACUACACUGAAUCCCAAUAAAAUCCCAAUAAAAAUGUGUAACUGAACAAAUAAAAGCCCAAUCCCUGAAGCUAUAUUUGAGCGGAGAACAGACGAUCCUAGGAGGAAGCUGCAUUUAGCGAAACCCGACGCUCUCCGUUUGGAUCGGUCCAUUUGAACUUGGUCUAGGGCAUUUCAAGCCAAUUUCCAACAGCAAAAACAGCCACGCUGUCUCUGUCUGACCUCUGGUCGAGACCCUUCUGGAACACAAGCGGAGGAAGUUCCCUGUCUAUGUUACGUGCUUGGCUUGAAUCUGUGGAAAGUAUUUAAAAAAAAAAAAAAAGUUCAGAUAAACAUUACCAUCCCAGAACGAUGGAGCUUGCCCCAGAAAGAUCUUGAACUCGAGGAGGAACACAAAAAAAGUUGUCUAAACUGUGACUCUGGAUCCUCUCCUGUGUAUUUUUUCUCCCUCCAAAUGGGAUCGGUCAUUUUAUCAAGUAUUUUGCAGAAAGAGUAUUGUUCCAUGUCAUACAUUGGAUGAAUCGAAUGAAUGUUUUCUUUCCUCGGCGAACCUCAAAUGAACCAACCUCACACCGAAAGCGUGAACUGUUAACUCAUUGCUUUAUUUUGAACCGGCUUGAGGUUGAGGGCUUGUUUUUGGUGAAUGGGGUAUGCCGCUACUAGGUGUUUUCUUUUUUUUCUAUUUCCUGUAAACAUUUCAGGGGAAGUUUUGGGGGCUAAUUGUUUUUCUGAGUAGGUCAGUUUUUUUGUAGUCGGUUAGUUAGUGCUGAGUUUAAUGUGCUGCUACUUGCUGAGUGUUUAGGAUGGUUGUAGGUAUUUCAUAGGGCCAUAGUAGCGCUGGUGUUGGCACCAAUUUGAGCACUUUUGUCCCUAAAGGCUGAUUUAUUUUAUUUUAUUUCACAUAAGGUCUGGGAUAAGGUUGUGUGUGUGUGUGUGUGUGUGUGUGUGUGUGUGUGUGUGUGUGUGUGUGUGUGUGUGUGUGUGUGUGUGUGUGUGUGUGUUCAAAUGACGGCCAGGAACAUGAGCAUGACUGUGUAUUCAAAAAAGUGUGACUUUGUGUGUGUUUGUGUUACUGUAAAUUGCCCAGAAGUCUGCUUGGUCAAGCGGGUUACCCUCUUUAUUAUUUUUUUUUGCGCUAGUUUUUAACAACGGUCACGUUGGCAAACAUCCGGUUACACGUGGCACUGGUACGCAACAUGGCGGCUCACGUGGUCCUGUGUACUUUGAAUGCAGUUUGGGGUUUAUUAUUGUCCCACUACACCCCCCCUCUCCCUCCUCAUUCUCAAACACUCUCUGGGGGUGUACUCCGGAUUUUUGGACUAAACCCCAAGCGACAGUUUCGCCAUCUGGUUACAUCAAUGCCAGAUCGAGGAGGGAUAAAGGGACGGUAUUUCUGGGGCAUAUUUACACCAUGUGGCAUCUGCCUCUCUCCCCAACACUGGAGGCUAUGGACAGCUGAUGGUUAAUUAUUACAUAACUGGCCCCCACCCCUUUCCCCCACUUAUUUUUCAAGGAUUUUAGAUAUAUCACAUUAUGAUCAUAAUUAUUGCUAAAUGUGUUAAAUGGCUUUCUUUUGCCUUUUGUGUGUGUUGAUUGCCUUUGCCUGGUGAAGGGGUUCUUGUGCAAGCAAGUAUUUGUAGUGUUUUUAGGGCUGAAGUAAGCUCAACAGAAGGGCUGCUCAACAGAUGCUGUCUGAUGCAGGUUGUACACAGGCCGCGGGGAAAGAACAAAAACAUGAGGUGACUGCUUUUGCUGCCUUUUCCAUGUGUUUGAAUCUCUGCGCUCACAAUGGAUCAGUUAAGAGGAGGGAUGCACGAUACUGGAUUGUUUGCCGAUAUGCCAAUAUAUAUUACAACUUAUUUGGUUGAUAACCAAUGCCAGUAUUGAUAUAUCCACGUUUUUCCCACCUGAUUUUAGUGAUCAGCAAGUCUCUUCUGUGGUGGAAAGAACAUCAUAUUAUGCAUACUCCUGUCAUUGUGGAGACACGAAUUACAAUGAUUUUCAGUGUAGUAUUCAUCAAUUGUACAAAAUAAGAAAAACUUUGUUGGCUGAUUCCGAUUCAUUUUAAAGCCAUUAUCAGCUGAUAUUGAUUACAUGCUGAUAUUAUCGUGCAUCCCUACUUUAGAGAUCAGCCUAGUGCGCAGGUUUUCGACUGGCUAGUUUGUUCACCCCAGCCUCUUUUUUUUCCCUGUUCCUUGAUGUUCUGCAGUCUGAGGUGCUACAACUUGUCCGGCCACUAGAGGGCAGCCCUGUGCAUGUUUCUCAUGUUUUGUAUUGGAGAAAAGAAAAAUAAUGCCAAAAGUCUGACUGUGCAUUUGGGGGCAUCGUGUGAGAGAGAGUGCAGUAGGCGAGCUGCAUUGAUCAUUAGAUGUUACAUUUGUUGUGGUGAUAAGUUAUGAUGUUGUAUACUUUGGCUGGGAGGGGUGGGGGUGUUUGUGUGUGUGUUUGGAAGUAUGGGGGGGGGGGGGGUGUUGGUGGCGGUUGCGUUGUCGAUAAAUAAUAGACAAUUGAAAACCCCACAUUACUCUAAUUUACUUUCUUACCCCCCUCUAAGCUGUGUGGUGCAAUACCUCAAUCUUUACCAAUGCUAACUAAACGCUCUGUGUGUAAAUUAGCCCCUCUCCAACCAAGGACAUUAUUUUGUAUAAAUGUCCCUAACUCCUUGGUUUUGACUCGCAGGGCACUGACACCCCCCCCCCUUCUGUCUGCCCUUUGCUUUGAGGUCAAUGUUUUAAAUGAGAAUGUUUUUCAAAGAGUCACCACAGCGGUAUCUGCACCCCCAAGAUAUGGACAAUCUGCCUUUACUCUGGUAUAUAAAAGAAAAAAAUUAAUUGAAUUUUAUUUAUUAAAUUGUAAAUAUGUAAUGCAAUUCAAGAAAUGGCUCGGUCUUUGUCUGUUCAAUAUACUGUUUCUAAGCUCCGAUCUUUUGUAUGUCUCAGAAAUUGUUUUUAUAUGUAUUUUUUACAAUAAAUAUGUGUGAGAGA